AUGAACAGGCAUGUUGUGCGCCUACUCGUCGACGGAAAACUGAUCGAGAAAAAAAACAUCGACACGCAAAUAAUCCAGCGCAACUUAGAGCAUGUCAUCCUACAUUUUGAUCAGUACAGUCAAGAAACGGGCAUCUCUGCAUUGCUCAAAAAAAUCAUUCCCUAUACAAAAAAUACUUCCCUGGGGAGUGUCCCCUUGAAAUAUUUAUAUUCCCAUGUUGUUGAGCCGCUACUAAACGAGGGAAACAUCGACCCAGAAUGCUUACCAAAUCUUGUUCAUACAUUUAAAAGAGGUGAAGACUGUAACGACGUGGUGAAAAAAUUGAAUGAUUACAUCACCUGUUCCAUUCGGCGUGGAAAAAUAUCUCUGCAGAAUGACGCACACAACUGGGUCAGUGUUGUGCAGGUAUUUUCUGCUAAAUGGAGAUGCAUCAAUUUUAUGCCCCUGCUGAGGCACCUUCUGGUGAAGGGCACCUUUGCACAGUCGUGCGGCGGUGGUACACACCACACUGAGAUGAGUGAACCCCGCAACGUGGAAGCACCUAUCCCAAAUGAAAUACAAAUUCAACACAGCGAACUCGAUCACUGCGAAGCGUUCCAUCCCAUUUCUUCCCAUCAUCUGCGCUACGCAACGUUGGAAAGCCUCCCCCCCAGGACUUUCUGCACACUGCUGAACGUGCUGUCUAAAGUUAAAAUGCAGAACAGACCAGAUCCCAUCUUCACAUCCUUUCUCCGUGAAAAAACGAUCCAAAUGCUUCCCUACAUGAGCAACAUAGACUUGUGCCAGCUCGCUGAAGCCCUACCACAACUGCUAUGUGUGGAUAGGGAAAUUGUUUCCACACUGAUAGAACCUGAAGUGCUCAAAAGGGUAACCUCCUUUGACGUUUUGCAGUUGUCCAUGAUCUUUCAUUCUCUCUCCAAAUAUUGGAAGGACUUAAAAAAGAAACAACUUUUCUCCGUACUCUUCAUGCGGAAGAUAAAAAAAUAUUUGGAACUAUAUUCAUUACGCAGUCAGGAGGAGAAAUAUAUCCUGCACAGUCCGAACAAGAAUACGCUGAUCGAAAUAGUGCCCAUGUUUUUUUUGGCUUAUGUGAAGAACACACACUACAUCUUCCCGUACUAUUCUUCCUUUUCCAAUUUCGUCCUUCUGCAGUUUUCGAUUUUGUCCAAGUGGCUGCAUCGCUCUCCUCUCUUUGAAGGAAAUUACCAAAGUGGGAUACCAAAUCAGCAGGUGGAGCGACUCUCCCUGAAUAGGUAUCACCACCCGCAGUUAGCAGACAACGGAGGAAGCCAUUCUCCUCCUUACUUACGCCACACCAACCAAACGUUAUCCAAUUUGCUGUACGCUUUUAUUGGCUACCUUUACAACAUUAGCACACUGCAGUACAAGGGGGAACAAAGCAGAUCAUUCACCAGGCACCUCCAUUUAACACUGGACAACAUUUAUCAGCUCCUCUCCCACUUCAUCCUUUUUUAUCAUCACAGGGAAGUGGUCACAAAUGGGACGCAGUUCAUUCUGCCAGUGCACAAAUCCCAGCUUCUAAUCUUUUUGUACACCUACUGGGGUUUCCUACUCGAUUUGCACUCCCGCGUGGAUUAUUCCACAAGGGUGAAAAAAAAAAACAAUGUAGCCUUAACCGUUCAGGCAAAACGGCACGAAAAAGAAAAUACCAGGCUCACCGCUGACUCAUUCUUUUUCAUCAAAUUGGAGAACGUGAAGAAGCUAAGUUUUCUCCUUGAACUUUUGGACGACAUUAACCUAAACGCCUUGAUGAAAGAAACCUUACAUCAAAAGAACAAAUACGUCAGUCAUAUUUAUUCACAGAUACUCAAUGUGGCUAACAACUCGGUAGGAGUUCACCACCGGGCAGCUCUACACUUCAGCAGACGAGUGGUGGGGCCAUACACAACUUCUGAACUGUGCAGGUGA